AUGCUCUUCCGUGCCAUUCGAAUUGCAUCUGGCUCAACCUGCUUCGUGUGCUUCUGCUGCAGCAGAUCCUGCAGCUCUGCCACUGUCUCCCUGUGCUGGUUGUUCAGCUGCUCGUCAGAGAGGGCUCUGAGGUCACUGGCCUGGAUCAUUGGGGAUAAAAAUAGUGAAAUAUUUUACAGGGUGAAUAGGCGUAGGGUGGAAUUGGAGUAG